AAGAAACAGAAGGAAAAGAAGCGAGGAAGAGGAACACUAGUAGCAGCGAGCUAUACACAGAAAGCAAAACUCAAUACAUAAAUCAGCAACGAAUUUGUUUUUUUGUUUUUUGUUUUUUUUUUAAAAGGGGAAAAUAGAGAGAGAGAGAGAGAGAGAGAGAGAGAGAGAGAGGAGCCAUAACUGAAGCUUCGAAGAUUCGGAAGCAGCAAGUGAGGUUCGAGAUUUCUAUGCAAAUUCCUGAACUGCGCUGAGAGCUUUUGGUAGUUGAUUUGUGUUCAACGGUAUGGGAGAGAGGGAGUUUUGGGUUCUUUGUAAACAGAAAUAACUGCAGUUUGGGUCAAAUUGAGGUUACAGGUGGGUGGGUUGUUUUCUGAUUUAUUGGGCGGUGUAUGAAUCUGUCUGUUGAGAAAUGCAACCCCAGCAGAGCUCAAGAAUUGAUUUGGGUGAAUUAAAAGCACAAAUUGUAAAGAGGAUUGGAGCUGAUAAGUCAAAACGGUAUUUUAGUUACUUGAACAGAUUUCUCAGUCAGAAGCUGAGCAAGACUGAAUUUGAUAAGUUGUGUUAUCGGGUACUGGGGAGGGAGAAUCUUCCAUUACACAACUAUUUUAUAAAGUCAAUUUUGAAGAAUGCCUGCCAAGCCAAGACCCCACCACCAGUCCGGUCAUCAGGUCCUCCAAAAUCAGGAGCGUAUGUCACUAAUGUAUCUCCUGGUAGAGAAGAUGGACAUGAACAGAGUGUUGCCAACAUCCAAAAUCAAAAUGCAUCAUCCAUUUGGUCAAAUGGAGUUUUGCCAAUGUCCCCACGUAAGUUAAGGUCUGGAAUGCGUGAUCGGAAGCUUAAAGAUAGACCAAGCCCACUUGGACCAAAUGGGAAAGUUGAUUCGGUUGCUCAUCAAUCCACAGCUUCAGAAGACAGUGGUAGUAAGGUUGACAUGGAGAAUGGAACUAUUACUCUAUGUGAUUAUCAGAGACCAAUACAGCAUCUUCAAGCAGUUGCUGAGCUACCUGAGAAUGGUAUGGGGGAUGCUAUUGAGAGACCUGCAGAAAAACCAAGAAUACAUGGCAAAGGGCCAACCGAAAUAUCAAUUGUUGAAGAUGGGGAAGAGGUAGAACAGUUAAACCGCUUCAAUUUCUCCAGAAGUCCCCUGAUAGCACCACUUGGGGUUCCUUACUGCUCUGCAAGUGUUGGUGGGGCCCGCAAAGCAUUGCCGGUGAGUAGCACUAGUGAUUUUGUUAGGUGUUGUGACAAUGGUAAGUUAUCUGAUACAGAUACAUUGAGAAGGCGCGUGGAGCAGAUUGCUACAGUACAGGGCCUUGGAGGAGGUGUUUCUAUGGAAUGUGCGAAUAUGUUGAAUAAUGGGUUAGAUGUGUACUUAAAACGGUUGAUCAGUUCUUGUGUUGAUUUAGUGGGAGCUAGGUCUGCAAAUGAGCCGAGGAAGCUCCCUGCCUCAAAACAGCAGAUUCAGGGGAAGAUCAUUAAUGGCAUGUGGCCAAAUAAUCAUUUACAUGUGCAGAGUGCUGGUGGGCUGGCAGAACCUGAGCCUGAACACAGACCACUGUUCUCGGUAUCUUUGCAUGAUUUUAAAGUUGCUAUGGAGCUAAAUCCCCAGCAACUUGGAGAAGAUUGGCCAGUACUGUUGGAGAAGAUUUCUAUGCGAUCCUUUGAGGAAUAACACAUGUAUGAAGAAAUUUUUUUCCUAAGCAAAGAUUGGGUCUGUUUCUUCUGGUUCUGAUAGCUCGGCAAUGGUUGUUGAUCAUCAGCUCACGUAGCUCUGUUCUUUUUGCCAGGAUGAACCACAUGACCCCUACAUGGAGAACUUCUGGCCCUUCCAGGAUCAAAUACUGGUUUUGAGCUUCAAAAUGUCUUACCUCUGCUAUUUGAAGAGCUAGAAUGGAUCAGAAAUUAUUUAACUGCAACCAAGGGUACUAUCAAAUGAAGCCCAGGAUUGGUUGCACUGUUGUACGUUUAGCAUUUAUGUUGGCUGUAUUUGCCAUUACUGGAGAUGUCAGAGCUUUUGUUUGCUUUACAGCCAAUUACUAAGAACUAAGAAGACUCAAAAGUUUUGCAGGGAUACUACUGUGUAGCUGGGAUUGAGGAACUGUGACAUAAGAGCUGAAGGGUUGCUCUGUAUGUAUUUUUAGAAUAUGAGGAUUGAUUGAAUUCAAUAGUAAUAACACGUCAACAUCUAUUGAAAUUUUCUUGAGGAGUUCAGUUCUAUGGUUGAACGUCAUGGCACCAAAUUUCUCCAAUACCUAGUGUUUUUUUGUUUUCUUGUUUAUUCAUCAUAUAGCUCUGUAAAU